AAAUUAAAUGAACUAUUUGUUUUAUUUUUCUCAAAAGAUGGCAGCACCAGUAGCCUGACGCCGCAAAAUGGCGCCGAUAUUUUAAUAUCUGUGGAUCUGUAAUUUAACAGCUUUGUUUUACUGAAGUGUGAGACAAAAUUACAGCAAAUUGUCCGGAUUUGUGGAUAUUUUAUUAAAUAAUUUAUAAUGGCUCGGAACAAAUCUCCGUCGAUUGUUUCUGAUAAAGAUAAAAAGAAACUAAAAGAAAAAAAGAAAAAAGGGGAUUCCGGAUCCAGUAGCAGUGAAAGUAGUGGAAGUUCAUCGGAGAGCAGUUCUUCAAGAUCUUCAUCUCGGUCGUCGUCAAGCAGUUCGGGUAGUUCGUCCCGGUCAUCAUCUAGCUCAAGUUCCUCGAGCAGCAGCAGCAGUAAUAAUGAUCGCUCGAGACCAAAGAAGAAGACUUCUCCACUAAAAAGUCCAUUAAAAGAUCGUCGGGAUCCAGAUGCAGAGAGACUUCGAGAUAGAUCACCAUUAGGAGAUAAAAAAAAAAUUACAGCACCUUCAAGUAAUGACAAAUCUAAAAGCAAAGAUAAACAUGAAAGAUCACCAGGGCGUAAAAAACGUGAACGUUCACCGCCACCCCGCCCAACUCGAAUACAUAUUGGCAGGCUAACUUUAAAUGUGUCGAGAGACCAUAUACAUGAAAUUUUCUCUACAUAUGGUACUGUAAAAGCAGUUGAGUUCCCAAUGGAUAGACUACAUCCACACAAUGGUCGAGGCUAUGCUUAUGUUGAAUUUAGCAAUGCGGAUGAAGCUGAGAAUGCCAUGAAACACAUGGAUGGAGGACAAAUCGACGGUCAGGAGAUAACCGCAGCGCCGGUACUGAUACCGUCGCGUCCGCGCCGACCGUCGCCACGCCCUCCGCCCCGCCACGCGCUGCCUCGACGUCACUCACCACCGAGGUACCGGCGCCGCAGCCCGCCCCCGCGGCGCCGCUCCCCGCCGCGCCGCCGCCGCUCGCGCUCGCGCUCCCCGCGCGCCGCCCCGCGCCGCCGCCGCUCCAGGUCCUCCUCCUCGUCCUCCCGGUAG